CAAAACAUUUCAGCAAUAAUAGCACGUUUUGUUUGGUAUAUAAGAAACUGAAAAUCUUUCCAAUUUUCAUAACAAGCAAAAUCUUAACAAAUAAUUAACUCUUUAAUUAAACAUUGGUUUCAAAUUGAAUUUUAUUUCAAACAUGCGUUAAAUGAUUGCUGUAUUGACUCUCCUAUACAGUUGUGUUCACUAUCGGUGACUUCAAGAAUGUUAACCAAAGAUAUGCGAAGACUAUACCGAAAGUGGCCGACAGUUUCAAAGCCACUUUUGUCAAUGAAUUUAAGCAAGGCCACAACGUGAGCACAUACCCCGAUAACUCUGGCAAUAACUGUUGGGUGUGCGACAGUCCCUGUGCUAUGAUCUACUGUUGCGAUGAUGGGUACCCCCAGUGCUGUAUUGUCGGCGGUUAUUGUGACUGUUGUACGA